CCCAAAUUGUGAGUGGGACCGAACAGCAACCAGCAGCUUCUUCCCGCUCAAUCAACACCAGCUCUUUCGAGGCCCCCAAACUCCUCAUCACACACUCUCUGCAGCUGACACCAGCUGCCCACUCUCAACGCCACUUAUCAUCGCCGACUAGCUAGAGCUCCCUCACCGUCCACCAUCGUAAAAGAGGCAGCGUCCUCUUCGAUUACCCCAUGAGUGCCCGAGGCGGAAGCCGACCACCUCCUCGAGGCCGCCCAAACAAGGUGACGAAGCCCACAGCCGGCCUCAAGAGGGACGCCCACGGCCGCGCCAGCCGACACUCCUCCGUGGCUGCCGACCAGCUCGAGCAGCUCGCCCACGAUGCGGAGGCCGAGGCCGAACACGAAGAUGACGUCGAGAUAACCGCCCCUCCCCAACAUCACCAACAUCAUCACCAGCAGCAACACCACCCGCACCCCUUCGACCUAGCCACCGCAGGCAUUCUAGCCAACGGUCCCCCCGGCACAGUACCGGGCGCUGACCCCGAUAUCCAUCCCGAUCUACACAGCCUGCCGGCCCAGUUCGCCAUGGAAGCCCAGAUGGGUGGGCAUGGUCCUGGCGGCAUGUCGAGGACGGCCGAAGAUCUCGCUUCCGAGAGUGGAUACGGUCAGCUACUCAUCGACAGUGCCCUCGCCAAGCGACUGGCCAACAAUGAAGGAGAGCGACUUGCAGUACAGCGUCGCCAGGAUCAAACUCUGAACCUCAAGAGAAGGAGCAAUGUCGAGGCACUACUGGCCCAUGUAUCGGGACAGGAGGCUCAUAGUCCCUGCAAGAGCUGCCAUAAAGGAUACGGACCCUGGAAUGGAUGUGUGGUCGUCAGUGGCCAGAUGUGUGGUAGCUGCGCCAACUGCUGGUUCAACGCGAGCGGUUCACGCUGUUCUUUCCAUGAGAACAACCUCCCUCAGCACAUGCCAGCCAUACAGCUGCAGCCUGUGCCACAGGUGUCGGCGAAUACAAGCUUUGCCGGCACAGCGCCGAUGGCUCCCGGCAUGGCCCCCGCAGGCCCCAGCUUCGGGCAGCCAGGCGCCGAUCCGACCAUUGCCCAUUUUGUGAAAGAUGUGUUGGACAGAGCCAUGACGGAGGCACGGAGCGAUAACCCCCACGUUCGAUUCCAGCUCCGGAUCGAAACGGCGGCGCGGCAGCUAGCAUUGGCUAGCGCCGAGUACGCCGAGUUCCUCGCUCAGCAGGGGGGUCACGAUCCGAGUCAGCAUCCCGACCCAGAGGGCUCCGUUCCGGAGGCGGCGAUGGGGGAGGGGGACAACGGGGCGUGAGAGAGGCUCUGUUCACCUCUCUUCCCCUCCAUGCUUUUUGCUUACAUCUCUGAGUACCGAAGUAUAAAAGACGAGAUGAAUUCGAUCAUCGAGACUGUAAGGCGUCUUCAGGUCUGCGAAGCUUCUACGGAGUUGCCAAGAUAGGGUGCCCGAGUCGCCGACUCUGCGCCUCAGCAGUCGGGCAGCAACUAUCACGACGUAUGGCCACAGCUUCUUUGGCAUCAUCGUACCACUUUGCAUUUGGGAGCAGGUUGAAGUCAGGUGUUUGACUUACUCGCUCAUCAAUGUCCUCCCUUUAACUCCCCUUGGCGCUUGCAUCGUCAAGCCCCGCCCUGUAUGCGAACACAUGGACUCGGACAGGAACACGACAACGUCACGACGAAACAGGGCGCGAGAAGGAUUUGGGAUAUUCCCUGCUCAAAGAAACCAGAGUAGCCAUGCAGUCAGAAAUACAGGAUGGACAACACAGACGACACUGAACAAUAGCGGACAUCGAAGGACAAUGGUAGUCUGGCGGCUGGCUAGACUUCGAGCACACAGUCGUGCUCUAAGAAAGGGCCGGCUCACAGUUACUUGGAUUGAGUCGUUAAUGGUCGUGCAAACGCAGAUAGAUUGAUACCAAGAGCUCGUCAAAAAACGCAUAGGUGAAACUUUCACUACAUCAGUUCCGAGUCCAUACACGGCAAACCAGCAAAUCUAAGAGGUGCAAACGCAAUUACGGAUGUAUUGUCUCAUUCACUCUCAUUCGCUCACACUUGACUUCUUCGCUUACACAUUACAGCAUCUCAUACCGGCUACACUACACUCCAUUCCCAAACCUAUAUGCUGUAAUAUUGAUCACAAGUCCGUCUCUUCAGGGGCUAGGAUGUCUCUACUGCUGUCACACAGCCGGGGCUGUACAAACAAUCUCGCCGC